GCAGCAGCAUGCAGAGGAGCCGUGUGACGUGCCGAGCUGCUGCAGUCAGUGUCCUCGGUCUCCUGUGGGUCGUCAUGAUCACGGCCGCCUUCACCUGCCCGGAGACAUGUUCUUGUGGGUCUAACGAGCAGGUUUACUGUAUCAGACGGGGACUCACAGUCGUUCCUGCCAACAUACCAUUGGGUACAACUGUUCUCUACCUGGACUUCAAUAACAUACAGGACCUGUCUGAUGCGGAUUUCGGCUACCUCACCCGUCUGGAGUUGCUGGAUCUAUCUUAUAAUCACAUAGCUGACCUCCCGGAUGGAGUGUUCUCAAACCUGACCAGUUUGGUGGAGCUUCUCCUGCACAACAAUAACAUCUCGAGUCUGCCAACUGGAGUAUUCUCACAUCUCACCAGCCUGCGGUACCUGUGGCUAUCUGAUAAUCAUAUAGCUGACCUCCCGGAUGGAGUGUUCUCACAUCUGACCAGUUUGGAACAGCUUUUCCUGGAAAAAAAUAUCAUCUCGAGUCUGCCCACUGGAGUAUUCUCACAUCUGACCAGAUUGGUGGUGCUUCUCAUGGAAAACAAUGACAUCUCGAGUCUGCCCUCUGGAGUGUUCUCACAUCUCACAUCUCUGUUUAGUCUGUCUUUAUCUGGUAAUCAUAUAGCUGACCUCCCGGAUGGAGUGUUCUCAAAUCUGACCAGUUUGAGAGAUCUUUACCUGCACAACAAUAACAUCUCGAGUCUGCCCACUGGAGUGUUUUCACAUCUCACCAGUCUGGGGCUCUUGUAUCUAUCUGGUAAUCAUAUAGCUGACCUCCCUCAUGGAGUAUUCUCAAACCUGACCAGUUUGUUACAGCUUCACCUGCACAACAAUAACAUCUCGAGUCUGCCCACUGGAGUGUUCACACAUCUCACCAGUCUGGGGCUCUUGUCUCUGUCUGGUAAUCAUAUAGCUGGCCUGCCGGAUGGAGUAUUCUCACAUCUGACCAAUUUGGGGGUGCUUCACCUGGAAAACAAUAACAUCUCGAGUCUGCCCUCUGGAGUGUUCUCACGUCUGACCCGUUUGGUACGACUUCACCUGGACAACAAUAACAUCUCGAGUCUGCCCUCUGGAGUGUUCUCACAUCUCACCAGUCUGCAGAACCUUUACAUAGCAGGAAACCCAUGGAGGUGUGACUGUAGUAUACAUGGUCUACUGACUUCGGCACGUCUGCGUACUUCAAUUUCCGAUGGCCCUACCUGCAGCUCCCCUCACCACAUGAAAGGCGACGCACUGAAAGCAACUGUUACAGUAGACAAAGUUUGUCUCGGCCGCGGGGACUGCACCAUGGGAAGCGCUGACGUCACUUGUGCUUGCAAUGUCGGCUGGACUGGCCCAUUCUGUGGUAAAGCUUUAGAAGAACAAUAA